AUGGAGCAUCAAAGGAAUGUUACAGAAUUCAUUCUUUUGGGACUUUCACAGGUCCCAGAGGUACAAAAAGCAUUGUUCCUUCUGUUCAUUAUUAUAUAUGUCAUCACCAUUGUGGGCAAUCUCCUCAUUGUUUUCACCAUUGUUAGUAGCCAGUCUCUAUCCUCACCCAUGUAUUUUUUCCUGGCCUACUUAUCUUUUGUUGAUACCUGCUACUCCUCCUCAGUGGCCCCAAAACUCAUUACAGAUUGCCUAUAUGAGAAGAAAACCAUUUCCUUCAAUGGGUGCAUGACCCAACUCUUUGCAGAACAUUUUUUUGGUGGUACAGAGAUUAUUCUGCUCACAGUGAUGGCCUAUGACCGCUAUGUGGCCAUCUGUAAGCCCUUGCACUAUGUGACUAUCAUGAACCAGCGUCUUUGUGGUCUUCUAGUGUUAGUGGCAUGGGUAGGUGGCUUUCUACAUUCCACAAUUCAGAUUCUUCUUGUCUUCAGGUUACCCUUCUGUGGGCCCAAUCUGAUGGAUCACUUUGUUUGUGAUUUUUACCCACUUUUGGAACUUGCUUGUACUGACACCUAUGCUAUUGGCAUCUUGGUGAUGGCCAACAGUGGAGUAAUCUGCCUGUUAAACUUCAUCAUGCUAGCAGCUUCCUAUGUCAUCAUCUUGCAUUCCUUGAGGUUCCACAGUGUGGAGGGGAGAAGUAGAGCCCUCUCUACCUGCAGUUCUCAUUUCACUGUAGUUGUCUUAUUCUUUGUACCCUGUAUAUUCACAUAUGUACGGCCCUUGUGUACUCUGCCUAUUGAUAAAACUGUGGCCAUAUUCUAUGGCAUUCUCACUCCUAUGCUGAACCCCCUGAUCUAUACCCUGAGAAACUCAGAGGUAAAAAAUGCCAUAAGGAAAUUCUGGGGAUAA